UUAAUGUAAUAAAACUUCCCAAGGCUUCACAGGAGAGUUACAAAUUAUAAUUAGACAUUGAGCCACGUUACGAAAUAUUGGGGCACUUGGCAAAAAGCUUGGUCAAAAAGGUAGGUUCUAAGGAGUGAGAGGCAGUGAGGUUUGAGGAGGGAAUUCCAGAGAAAGGGCCUCCAGGCAGCUAAAGGCAUAGCCACCAACGGUGGAGCAAUUAAAAUCGGGGAUGCACAUGAGGUCAGAAUUAGAUGAGUGCCAGUAUCCCUGGGAUUGGAGGAGGUUAUCGAGAUGGGGAAGGGUGAGUUGACGUAUUUUGUAAACAAGGGUGAGAAUUUCAAAAUGAUAGUGUUGCUUUACCAGGAAUCAACGUGGGUCAGCAAGCAUGGGACAAUGGGUGAAUGGGGACCUGCUGUGAUUAAGGCAGCAGCGUUCGAUGACCUCAUGUUUAGGGAGGGUAGCAUAUGGGAGACCAGCCAGGUGUGCAUUUAAGUCAAGUCCAAAGGUAACAAAGACAUGAAUGAGAAUUUCAGCAGCAAAUGAGGUGGGUUAGGGGCAAAGUCAGCUGAUAUGAAGGUGGGAAAAAGCGACCUUGGUGGUGGUGCAAAUAUGUGGUCGGAAGUUCAUUGUGGGGUCAUAUGACACCAAGCUUGCAAGCAGUCUGGUUCAGCCACAGGGAGUGGGAUGGAAUCAGUGGCUACGCAACAGGGGCAACAUUUAAUUUCAGGAAUAGUAGUGGCCAGUAUUCAGGGUUGCUAACUGCGGCUGGACACAGAUAUCAGGACCGUGCCUCCAACUACCCCAUCCUUACACUUCUGCUGUUGGACAGCCAACAUGCCCAUUGUCAAGGCAUGCCACUUUCCCAGGCCAAUCAGAAACAGAAUACACUUUUAAUUAACCGUUUGGAUAAUGAUAGACCUUGUAUCAAACAGCUGUUUUUUUUUUCAUUUCCAAUAUUUUUAUAACUAAUAAGUGUUCAAAGAAUUUGUCUUUUAGUGAAAGGCAGAAUUGUUUUGAAAUGUUACUUUUCUCCUGUGCUGCUCCUAGCAAUGCUCUGCAAAUUAUUCUUUAUUACCAGGAGACUCUAGUCCUGGAGGGUUGGUAACACUGUCCUCCCUUGAUGCAUUCACAGGGUCGUUUUCUGAGUGAUGCCAGCAUCAAGGGUGUCAUUGAACAGCUGCCUGCGCUCUGAGGAGGAAGGGUUGUCAAUUAAAGAGAAGAUCAAGCAUGUGCUGAAGAUGUAUGAUGUAGGAAGUAAAUACUCAGACUUGACCCUUCCCAGAGCAUCAGUGCUUGUGCCCCUGUUGAUAAAAAAUGAGGAGCUGCACGUUCUGCUCACAGUCAGAUCCAUGAAGUUGCACAGUAGCCGUGGAGAGGUUUGCUUUCCUGGUGGGAAGCAGGACAUGAGGGACAGAAGUGAAAUAGAAACUGCUCUUCGUGAAGCACAGGAAGAAAUUGGCCUUCCCCCAGCUCAGGUGGAAGUUAUCUGCAAACUGGUCCCCAUAAUCAACAAGGAUGACAUCCUGGUGACACCGGUGGUGGCAUUUAUAGGAGAUACAUUCAAUCCACAGCCCAAUGCUGACGAAGUGAGUGAUGUGUUCAUCCUUCCAUUGUACCACUUCUUAAAGUCGGAAGAGCACUCUUCAACUCCUUUCGAUGCAGGAAUGCUGCACUUCUUCACUUUUAAGGACCGGCAGUUAAAUAAGUCGUUCACUAUCUGGGGCCUCACUGCUCAACUUUGUAUUAUUGUGGCCUUUUUAGCUCUGGGCCAGAAACCUUUGUUUAAGGUCGAUUUUGACAUAGAUGAUCCCUUUGCAAGUAUGGAAAAGUAUCUUAUGGCAAAAUAUGCCACAAGUAAGCUAUGAGCUUACUGAUAGGUUUCCUUGUUCUGUCUUUAAACUAGCGGUGGUUAAACAAUAAUAUUUUAGUAAAAUCUGAAACUCUAUUUUAUGCUGGCCCAUUACUAGCCAUUUUAAUUGUUUAAUUUAUGUAAAGUCUUCUCAAUGUCUUAAUUUUUUAUUUGUCGUUUUCCAAACUACUGCCCUGCUGUAGUCAGCAGUUAACUAGGUUGAGCCUUUUGUGAUGUUACUGCAGUGUUUCAUGAUGACUUUUCUGAUCUCAUGCUGUGGAUUGAUGUGAAAUCUCAGCAGAGUACGUGUCACUUAAACAAAUAAAUACGUUAAAUAAUUAAUUGAUACUUAUACAGAAAAAUAAUAAAUCAUUUUAUUUACAAA